AUGCAACGGCGGGUGUCUAGUUUCAUUUUCCCCUUUGGGCUCAUCUUCACCAACAUUCUCACGGGGGCGUCUCCAUCUCCUCGGAGAUAUGACCCCUUGACGACUGUCCGCUUACGAGCUGAAUCUGAACCUCGUAUCUGGAAGGAUCUAAUCUCCAGCCGGGUCCAGAAUGGAACCAGUCAGGUUCGAUUCGACAUCUCGACCCCCUGGGCAACCUUAACCACGGAUGCUUUGCUCAAACUCGACAGCCCACAAGUGACCUUGAUUAACGCAUCCGUGUUUGACUGGUGGUACUUCGAUGCCGUCUCAGAUACGAACCCCGGUGACUCUUUCGUAGUCACCUUUUUCACAUCCUCUGCGACGGCGUUCCCAUUCUUGGAUUCGGGCGAGUCGUCUAUUCUCAUCGCUUAUAUGUGGGCUUCCUUUGCCAAUGGAACCGUCUUUUCGGAGUUCCUGCCCGCGACUUUCGCUAUCGUUGCCGGUGGAGAUGGUGCGGCGGCUCCGAGUUUGGGGAACUGGUCCUCCGCAGGGUUUAGCUGGACGGCUCAAAAGGAGGACUUGUCCCAUUAUGAGAUCAACAUUGCCUCGGAGAAGAUACAGGUGGAGGGUCGAUUUACUUUGUCCUCGGGCCUCACACCGCAUCUGCCUUGCGGAAUACAAUCUGAAACAACGGACCUUGAGAUUGCACCCCAUAUUGGAUGGGCAAGUCUGACGCCGGAUGCCGUUGGAACAGUGGACAUGAACAUUCAGGGAUCAAAGCUGUGGUUUCAGGGCCCGGCAUAUCACGACAAGAACUGGUCUGAUAGACCCUUCAUAGAGUCAGUUCAGAGUUGGUACUGGGGCCAUGGCCGUCUUGGCCCUUACUCGAUCGUGUGGUUCAGCUACCUCGCACUCAAUGACCCCACCAAUACCACCUACGUGAGCAGCUAUGUUGCCAAGGAUGGACAUGUUCUCAUCUCAUCCUGUAAUUCCUCGAUUCUCACCGUGCGUCCGUUUGUGACCUCGGAAACUACGAGUGACCGCUACCCUCCCCGCGCGGGCGACAUUCCGGGUGGAUUCAAACUGGAAUUUGACUUGGGAGGCUCGAACAGCUGGUUGAUAGUCAAUGUCUUGGUUGACACUCUUGUGGCUGGGGACCGUGAAUACUACAUGCGAUGGACGGGCAAGAUGACGGGGGAGAUUUUGCAGGUGCAGAGCGAAAAGCGUCAGGAUGCUUGCCCGGCAACACCGUCCGAGACACGAAGCGUGACCGGCCAGUCUGAGCUUACUGGUGUCGCAGUCUUUGAACAGUUCGCUCUCCUGGAAUAG